GGGACACGCCCUCCUCCUCCUCCUCCUCCUCCUCCUCCUCCUCCGGUGAAGGUGUGACCGGGUGGGUGUGACUUCUCACUCCUCUCACAUCCAGACUGGCUCUCCUGCCUGUCAGAGGACUCCUCACCAUCCUGCCAGCGCGACAUCCAGCAGAAGGUUUCCAGCAGCCGCCGCCAUGCCUGACAAUGCAGAAGCCCACUCCCACACCAUCGGCACCAACCGAAACUGCACCGUGGAGAUCACCAACGUCACCGGCAAAUACUGCCUCAUCGAACCAAUGGUUCACAUGGAGAGCGGCUUCAGCUUCGCCCCCCCGCAGCCCACCCUGAUCCCCAACAAGACCGAGGUGUUCUCCUUCACCAAGGACGACAACACGGCGUCGGGCGCCGUGGGGGUCUUCACCUACGUGCUGUUCGACAGGCAGAACCGCCGGCGGGUGGGUCAGCUCUUCGUCAUGUUCUCCGUGCCGUUCGACUACAACUUCUACGUCAACUGGUUCGGGGUGGGCCUCACCAAGGGCAAGAAGGAUUGUGACGAAAAGCUGUUCAAGCACAUGUACAACGACAAGGAGCAGACAGACUUUGUGCGCCACAAGGCCGACGGCGCCGGCAUCGUCUUCCGCGGAGAAGACCUGGAAGUCCGGGCCACCAUGAGCGACGGCGGCUGCGCCAUCAUGAAACUCGAGCUGUACGACAAGAUGUCCUGAGGGACGAGCGCCAGCAGCCACAGGAAGCAUUCAAAUCCACACGCAUGUGUCCCUGUGCUUGAAAUGAAUAAAACACCGCUGAAUCAAA